AAGCAAUUUCAGAUAACAUCAUACCUAUUUAGAAGUGAAUUCUUUUGUUUGGAAAUUAUAAUGAACGAGAAGAACGUCCGUGAUUGGGAUCGAAUAAAGCAUUUAGUCAAUUCCAUUUCCUCAUGAAGCGUACUAGGCAUUUAGUUGUACGAGUAGUUCAACUUGCAGUCAUAAUAUUCAUAAGUUAUGAACUGACACGAUUACUAUUUCAAUACAAAUGGGAUGAAAAAUUCGGCAUAUCACGAAAUGAUGGUGAUUUCUUCUACAAUAUAUUACCACAUGAAAGUUAUUCAAGUUUGACGAGUAAUUUAAAUCAAACCUAUUAUGUUUCGUCACAAAUGGAGAAGUAUGAAAACAAAAUUACACUCGGAUUUACCGAGAAAGAUCUUGAAGAAUUAUAUAAAGUGAAAUCUGCUCCAGCUGCCAGAAAAAUAAUUCUUAACUAUGGAGACAAUUACAUCGAUAUUAUUCGAAACUUCUCAUUUUGUUUCGCUUGUGAUUGUGAACUGAUUUUCGAUAGAUCAAGAUGGCUUGAAGCCGAUGUUAUAAUCUUGACAGAUCACUUGUAUCCUAAAGGUCCAAGACCACCAAAUCAGUUAUGGUUCAUUUUUGUACAUGAACCUCCUCUAAAAGUCAGAAUCGCGGAUGGAUUGGAAAACAAGGUCAACUACACAAUCACUUAUCGAAUGGAUUCAACAAUUUAUCUACCGUAUCACAAUUAUGUUCCAUCUGUUGCUAGUCAUGGUCCAGAUACAAAAUACAAACUUCCUUCUCGUAACUAUGCCACUGGUAAAUCUAAAAUGGUAGCAUGGUUUGUAAGCAACUGUCAACCUAAAAGUCCAAGAAUGAUUUAUGUCAGAGAAUUGUCUCGUUAUAUUCAAGUUGAUAUUUAUGGUACUUGCGGUACUCUGACAUGCCCUAGAAAAGUCGAAGAUCAAUGUUUUUCGCUACUUGGAAAACAUUAUAAAUUCUACUUGAGUUUUGAAAAUAGUUUAUGCACUGAUUAUAUUACGGAAAAGCUUUUCAGAAAUGCAUUCAGUCAAAAUGUAAUUCCAGUUGUGAUGGGUGCAUCAAUUGAAGAAUGUAAGCGUGUUGCUCCUUCUCAUUCGUUUAUCCAUGUGGACCAGUUUGAAUCCCCAGCAAAACUUGCCGAUUAUUUGAAGUAUUUGGACAGAAAUGAAACUGCCUAUAAUGAAUAUUUCGCAUGGCAUGAACAUGGGACUAUAGAUGCUUGGUCACCUAUGCCUCAAUGUGUUAUAUGCUUAUUAGCCCAUACUGCUCAUAAACUGAAACCGUAUACAUUCCCAAACGUUUCUAAAUGGUGGAACGAUGGUUGUGUUGGUCGGAAAAUACGCUGGAAUUUUACCCAUUAG